ACCUUUCCAAGUGUGGCAUGAGGUCGCGCGGAAAGGUUUCCUCCUUCAGUGCAUCAGUGCAGUAUCGUGUUCUUCUCGAGAGCGCUAGAGCGCUCGGUUCUCUGACGCUUCACACACGUUAACAGGUGGGACGAAAACACUGCUUUACGAUUUGAACGGGGAAAGUUGCAUUGUCACCAAGGACGUUUGGAGAAUACCUGCAAAAAUGUCUCGAAUCCCGGAGGACGUGAACAAACUCACCGAGAGCACAUACAAGAAUGUGAUGGAACAGUUUAACCCAGGACUGCGGAAUCUGGUUAACCUGGGGAAGAGCUACGAGAAAGCAGUGAUGGCAAUGACCUUUGCUGGAAAGGUAUAUUUCGAUGCAGUCUCAAAGAUUGGGGAAAAUGCUGCCGUAUCGCCUGUUUCUAGGGAGCUGGGAGUGGUGUUAAUGGAGAUUUCAGAAGUGCAUAAGAAAGCCCAACUGGAGCUGGAGGAGACUUUCAAGAGGUUCCACAGAGAGCUCAUCACUGAACUGGAAAGGAAAACAGAUAUGGAUAUCAAGUACAUGAAUGCCACUUUCAAAAGAUACCAGUCAGAACACAAAUUGAAGCAAGACUUUUUGGACAAAUCACAGGCCGACCUGAAGAAACUGCGCAGAAAAAGUCAAGGGAAGCAUUCGUCCAAGUAUGAGAUCAAAGAAAAUGAGUGUGUGGAGACCAUCUCAUCCCGGCAGACAGACAUGCAGAGGUUUAUUGCAGAAGGAUGUAAGGAAGCUCUGCUAGAAGAGAAAAGGAGGUUCUGCUUCCUAGUGGAGAAACACUGUGCCUUCACCUAUCAGCUAACAGCCUUCCAUGACAAGGCCAAGGAGAUGCUGACCGUCACACUGCCCAGCUGGCAAGAUAAGUGUACCGAUGCCUCCAGAGUGCCAGACACAGUGAUAACCAUGAUUGAGGGUCUGCAGACUCCAAUGUCAGUCAUACCAGAGUACUCGCCUACAUUGGAGCACAGUGACAGGACCAAUUCCGGUUCAAUUGUUCCGCCACCGGCCCCAUCACUCAAAGCCCACACAAGCCCACUGGCCAGCAUGUUCUCCCAGGACGUUCCUAAAAGCCCCAUCUCAUCAGAGCUGUACUCAGAUCAAGACAGCCUAGACGGAAACGGCUUGUCUAGGUCUGAGUCUGUGUCUAGCGGUAUGGAUAUGGCGAAGAAGACCAGGGUGCAAACUAUCUUCCCCCACACAGCAGGGAAUAACGAGACCCUGCUGGGCUUUGAAGAUGGAGACAUCAUUACACUGCUUAUUCAAGAGGAGAGGGAUGGAUGGCUGUAUGGAGAACUAGAACAUACUGGACAGUAA